AUGACGAAGCCCCGCGCCGCCUCCCCCGCGAUCGCGCGCGAGGAGUGGGAGGCCACGCGGCCGUCCAACGCGCUGCGCAGCGCCGUCCGCCGCCGCGCCGCCUCGGUGUCAGAGAAGCUGGCGGCGCGUGGCCUCGGCGCGUUCGUGUGGCGCAAGAAGCUGGACCGCGACCUCUCCCGCGGCAUCCUCCCGGGCAUCGUCUCGGUUCGGUCCGAGCGGCGCCGCUACCUCGCGCGCUGCAGGGAGGCCGACGGGGUCAGGGCGGCGUCGGCCGCGGCGCGACGCGCGUCGUCGCCGCCGCCGGUGCCUCCUGCCGCGUUGCUGGCUAGGGCGGAGGAGGAGGAGGCGAAGGAGGUCGCGUUCCUCCUCCAGCAGGGCAGGCUCCGGGCCGCGAUACGGUUCGCCGAGGGGCGCGCCCGGCGCAUCGACAUGCUCGUGGAGUCUCUCCGCGGGGCGCGCCGGUGCGCGCUCGGGGCGUUUCGUGGCGCGUCCGCGGAGGAGCUGAAGGAGCUGGGCGAGGAGAUCGGGACGCUGGCCGAUCUUGACAGGGAGAACGAGGGCUUCUGGGAGGCCGCCCAGUUACUCUGCGAUGCCGAGAUGGUGAAGGCCGCCGGCGCCGGGGCGGACGGACGCAGCGGCAGGUCCUUGCACUCGGAGGUUGCGGCCGACGAGGUGACGGAGCUCAUCCGGGUCGAGAAGGCCAAGAAGUUCCUGGCGCAGAACUACUCCACCUGCGACGACGCGCCGGCACCGGAGCGCGGACGCAGCACCGCGGCGGACGACGAUGAGGAGGGGUCGGAGCCGCUCGGCGAGGUGGCGUUGCCGCCGACAGAGACGCUGCCCGCGGGGCCGGAGUGGAGGAAGCCCAGGUACGUGGCGCGGGUGCGGACGGGGCACGAGUGGAACAAGUACAACCGCGUGCACUACGACCACGACCACCCGCCGCCCAAGGUCGUGAAGGGCUACACGUUCGUGCUCCACUACCCGGACCUGGACCUCGCCGGCGGGAAGCCUCCGCAGUACACCGUCGAGGAGGACGGCAGCGGGAGUGACGAGACCUGCAUCGUCAGGUUCCACGCGGGGUGGCCGUACGAGGACGUCGCGUUCAGGAUCGUCAACAGGGAGUGGGAGCGCUCGCGGAAGGCGGGGUUAAGGAGCACCUUUGACAGGGGCGUCCUGCGUCUCAGCUUCCACUUCAAGCGCGUCUUCUACCGGAGAUGA